AUGUCAAACUUCAGCUGGCGUCCGCCAUCUGUUCCCUUUGAGGCGCAGACGCGCGACGGCUCGCCUUUCACCGUCUGGCAUGUCUGCAUGAUCUGCCAACAACCACGAUCUGCUCGUUAUCACGCCGAGCACCCCAUUGACGCAAACCUCCUCGCAGUCUCGCCGCCUUCGAGCGUCUGCCGUCGCUGCGCACCCAAAGUUUCUUCUUCGCCGUUGCGUCUUUCGCUUCCAGCACCUCAGAUCUCAACACCACAAAUCUCAGCGCCUCAGACCUCAACACCUCAGAGUUUAGCACCUCAGGCCCCAACAUCGCCCAGUCCACCUUCUCAACCAGAACUGCGCAACAUCCCAUUCCGCUACGUCGAGCCCUUUGUCCCAGAACUGCAGCACAUUGAGCCCCCACCUGAACCUGCUCCAUCUGCUCCACCUGUCGAACCUAGCAUCGCAUCAACUCCAACCAUCGAGAUCAUGCCUCCCCAUGGUCCAUCAUACGAUGAGUACCUCGUCGUCAAGAGGGAAAAUACGCGCAGAUGGUCCGAAGCUCCUUCACGAGACACAUAUCCUCCAUCAGCUCGAGACUAUCCACCACCUUCCAGAGACCAUCCUGCACCUGCAAGAGAUCCUUACUCUGCUCCUCGUCAAGACCAUUCAGCAUCGUUCAAAGAGUAUUUUGCACCUGUCCGAGACAAUCCUGCGCCUCCCAGAGACUAUCCUUCAGCUUCCAGAGACAUUCCUCCGCCUUUCCAAGACUACUCAUCGACAAUCAGCAGUCGUCCAGCACCCGUCAGAGACUAUCCUGCGCCUUUUCAAAACAUUCCAUCAACAAUCAGAAAUCGUCCACCGCCAACCAAGCAGUAUUCACUUCCUCUCAGAGAACGACCUGCACCUCCUGGUAACCCCAGACCCACCAAACGUCGUGUCUCUUUCUCGGGCGAGGAUGAAGUGGCUACUCUGCCGCCAGACCUGCCUUCUGAGCGUGAUGGUCGUUCCAUGCAAGGUCUCUCUCGCAUUCGUUCGCAACCUCCAAAUCUCACUGGUAUGCCGAGUGUGCACGAUGACUACGAGUACGAGAAGCACCGCAAUCGCACCUACAUCGACCCUGCCGAAAGACCUCAUGUUCCAGAGCCCAAGUGGACUCCUCUCAGCGAGUCUCCUGCACGCGAACUUCCUCUUGUAGAAGAAUCGUACGCCCACGGUCCCUACAGAGCAGAGAACUCGCCUACACCAAGCAUGCAAGUUCACGUUGACAAGGACGACUUUGUUCUCGAGAAGAGCAACGAAUCUCGCAAAGCUCCUCGACAGUAUAAACCUCAGCCAGCCCCACAGGACAAUCGUACGUGGACAAGAUACGUCACGGUCAAGGAAUACAGAGAUGAGAAGGGACCCUUUGUCGAAGUGGAGGAGAAGUUUGUCUUUGACGAUGAGCGUUGA